UCCGUACUUCCGGCCACGGCCACGGUCACGUGGUGCAAACAAAUCGUUUUGCCGCGAAAAGUUGCUCUUGUGCGCUUGCUGUACGUGUACUAAUCCGAGGAGGCUUUUUUAGCAAGAAAAUAUAACAGCACAGUAGCUAACUUAUUUAUUUGCUUGUUCUUUACUAGAUAAAAUUGCUAAAGAGCUGCUUAAUAAUGUUUUGCGAAAAGGCAGUGGAACUUGUAAGAGAACUGCACCGGAUGAGUGAUGGCCAGUUGCCUGCUUUUAAUGAGGAUGGCAUUCGACAAGUGCUUGAAGAAAUGAAAGCUUUAUAUGAGCAAAACCAAAGUGAUGUGAAUGAAGCCAAGACUGAGGGCAAAACUGAACUAAUACCAACCGUCAAGUUUCGUCACUGCUGCUUGUUGAGGAACCAGCGCUGUAUUGCAGCCUACCUUUAUGACCGGCUCCUGCGAAUCCGUGCUCUCAGAUGGGAAUAUGGAAGUGUGUUGCCCACAACAAUUCGGUUCCACAUGUGUGCAGAGGAGUUGGAGUGGUUUAAUCAGUAUAAGAAGUCACUGGCCACAUAUAUGAGGUCACUUGGAGGUGAGGAGGGUUUGGACAUAACACAAGACAUGAAACCCCCGAAGAGCCUGUAUAUUGAGGUGCGAUGCCUGAAAGAUCAUGGGGAGUUUGAAAUCGAUGAUGGAACAGUUAUUCUCUUGAAGAAGAAUAGCCAGCAUUUUCUGCCCCGAUGGAAGUGUGAGCAGCUGAUUCGGCAGGGAGUACUGGAACACGUCAUUUCUUAACAUGUGACGUCCUCUCGAGCUGGUUUUGAUAGUUACUCAGUAAAAAUUACCGUGUGUGUCAGUUAAUUGUAUGUAUAUCUGUAGUUCAAAGAAUUUCUCAAAUCAGUGUGCAGGUGUUUUGAUGUAAAAUUUACUGUCAAAAUGUACACAGUGAUUCAUGUGUAUGAUAUCUCGAUCACACUGCUGCCAUGUCUUAAGCAGGUCCAUUUUUCUUUUUUAAAUAAAUGCAGUGAAGGUCAUACAAUUACAUUUUAGAAGAAUUAAUAAAAUUACAGCUGUCAACACAAUUUAUGAACAUCACA